AUGGACAUCGAUGAGGGCCUACCGGACAUUGAGGACCAUCGGAACCUCCACAUAUGGGUCAUCGAGAACCUGAAGAUGGUGCCGGUACCUGAGAAGGCCUACGGGAACUUCUUCGAGGAGCAUUGCUAUGUCGUCCUUCAUCCCCAGAACCUGAAGGCCGCUCAGGGGACGGUGCCCAGUGACCUGCACUACUGGGUCGGUGAGGCGGCCAGUGCAGAGGCCCAGGACACGGCGGCCACCUUUGUGCAGCGGCUGCAGGAGGCACUGGGUGACAGGACAGUGCAACACCGCGAGGCCCAGGGCCAUGAGUCAGAUUGUUUCCUCAGCUACUUCAGCCCAGGCGUCAUCUACAGGAAGGGAGGCCUUUCCUCCGGCCUCAUGCACGUGGAGACCGACAUUUACAGCAUCCGGAGGCUGUUGCACAUCAGAGGGAGGAAGCACGUGUCCGCCACAGAGGUGACACUCUCCUGGGACAGCUUCAACGUGAGUGACAUCUUCCUGCUGGACUUAGGCAAGGUGAUGAUCCAGUGGAACGGGCCCAAGUCCAGCAUUGCUGAGAAGGCGCGGGGACUGGCCCUGACUUACAGCCUGCGGGACAAGGAGCGUGGUGGUCGUGCGCAGGUUGGCGUGGUGAAUGACGAGAAGGAGGCUCCUGAACUCAUGCAGAUCAUGGAGGCUGUGCUGGGCUGCAAAGGGAACAACUUGCCUGCCGGCAAGCCCAACAGGAGGAGUAUUACGCAGCUGCAGAAGGCCAAAGUCCGCCUCUACCAGGUCUAUGAGAAGGGCAAGGACCUCGUGAUCCAGGAGUUGGCAACCUGCCCACUGACUCAGGACCUACUGCAGGAAGAGAGCUGUUACAUCCUGGACCAAGGGGGCUGCAAGAUCUAUGUAUGGCAAGGACGCAGGUCCAGACUCCACGAGAAAAAGGCAGCCUUCAGCCGGGCAGGGGGCUUCAUCCAGGCCAAGGGCUACCCGGGCUACACCAACGUGGAGGUGGUGAAUGAUGGCGCCGAGUCGGCAGCAUUCAGGCAACUCUUCCAGAGAUGGCAUGAGAAACAGUUCAAGGGCAUGAAAGGAACAGGUAAACUAAUGCAAGUCCAGCUGGAUGCAGGCAAGCUGCACAGCAGGCCUGAACUAGCGGCGCGGCUCAGGAUGGUGGACGAUGGCUCCGGGAAGGUGGAGGUGUGGUGCAUCCAGGACUCCCAGCGGCAGCCCGUGGACCCCAAGCACCACGGGCACUUGUACUCAGGCCACUGCUACCUCGUCCUCUAUACGUACCAGAAGCUGGGCGGUGUCCACUACAUCCUCUACCUGUGGCAGGGCCGCCAGACCACCUCCGACCAGAUCGAGACCCUGAACAGCCAGGCUGAGGAUCUGGACGUCCUAUACGGCGGGGCCCUGGUGCAGGAGCACGUGACCAUGGGCCAUGAGCCACCCCACUUCCUCGCCAUAUUCCAGGGCCAGCUGGUGAUCUUCCAGGGGGUCCCUGGAUGCAAUGAGAAGGGGCAGUCAGCGCCCACCGGCCAGCUCCUCCGUGUCCAAGGCACCGACAGCUACAACACCAAGACCACGGAGCUGCCAGCCCGCGCCUCAUCCCUCGACUCCAGCGGCAUCUUCCUGCUGCUCACGGCUGACGCCUGCUACAUCUGGUUUGGGAAGAGCUGCAGCGGUGACCAGCGGGAGAUGGCGAGGAUAGUGGCUACUCACAUCUCCAAGAAGAACGAAGAAAUAGUCCUGGAGGGGCAGGAGUCUCCCCAGUUCUGGGAGGCCCUGGGGGGCCCAGCUCCUUACUCCAGCAAUAAGAGGCUCCCCAAGGAGGCCUCCAGCUUCCAACCCCGCCUGUUUGAGUGCUCCAGCCAGAUGGGCAGCCUGGUUCUCUCAGAAGUAACAUUCUUCAGCCAAGAGGACCUGGACAAGCAUGACGUCAUGCUGCUGGACACCUGGGAGGAGGUCUUCCUGUGGCUUGGGGAAGCUGCAAGCGUGUGGAGAAAGGAGGCAGUGGGCUGGGGCCAGGAGUAUCUGAGGACCCACCCAGCAGGAAGAAGUCCAGCUACUCCCAUCGUGCUGGUCAAGCAGGGCCUUGAACCUCCCACCUUCACAGGAUGGUUCCUCAUCUGGGACCCAUACAAAUGGACUAACAGCCAACCCUACAAGGAGGGGGCGGAGAGGAGACUGGAAGUAACACCUGAUGUCCCCAGGAUCACAGCUGUGGGUACCAGGGCUUCCUCUACGGUGGUCAGCGCUCUAGGCACCAAGGGCAUGGAAAUCAACAACUUCCAGAUGUCCAGCUUACCACGUGAGGGCUUGACAAGGCCCUUGGCCCUCCCGGCUCUCGGCAUCUCCCAGGACAGUUCAGAGAAUGAGCCUGAGCCAGGCCCCAAGGCGACCAGCCCCAGCCCCAGCCCUGUGACCCCUGGGGUGCUGCCCCGUGAACGGCUGAUGCACCAGGCUGCAGAAGACCUGCCAGAGGGCGUGGACCCAGCCUGCAAGGAGUUCUACCUCUCAGAUGCUGAGUUUCAAGACAUCUUUGGGAAGUCAAAGGAAGAGUUCUACCGCAUGGCCAAGUGGAAGCAGCAGCAGGAGAAAAAAAAGCAUGGCUUCUUCUGA